AUGUCGGGUCUAUUCUGCCAGCUGGCAACAUUUUUCUUGAUUGGGCUCUUCGUGCUCAUAAUCCUCGCUGCUUGGGCCUGGCCAAAGUUCCUGAUCGAUGAUGAUCUCGUAGGUGAUCCUGAUCUCGUAAUAGGCCUCUGGUCCUGCGCCUUCUUGGGGCAAGUGCUCCUCAUGGCUGGGCUGGUCAUCCUCAUGGAGUGGCUUGUGGGAAAGUCGAAGCUUGAGAGGCGUCCAGUUCUAGACUCCAUCUCGCAUUCUUGUGGACCAGGGAACGACUUGGAAAUCGAGGAGCAGGACCUUGAGGAGACAGUACCUGCAGAUCGGGUGGAGAUUACGCUCUGA